AUGGAGGUCCACGCCGAGAUCGAUUCUCUCAAGAGCGAGAUCGCCGCUCUCAGAGCUGACAUUGGGCUUUUGCAGAGCGACCACGAUGCGCUCUAUCGUAAAGUCGCCAGCUUCGAGGCUUCCAACAAGCAUCGCAACUUGCAAAGGCUUCGGCCUCCUUCACGGCACUUGCCGCCAGCCGACGACCCGCCAUUGAUUCUCGACUCGUACUUUGACGACUCGAUCAAGGCUUAUUUUGCUAGCGAGGCCACUUCUGUGGGCCAGAAACCUGCCCAGAACGCUCCUUCUGGCGACUCCCUCGUUGCCAUCCAAGAACGUACUCGCCAGGGCGCAUACGCUCUUUUGGAAAGCAUCCACAGAUUUGGCGGCAUCACCGCGUUUCCCAUCAAUGACGUUUUGUACGACUCUUCUGAGGAUGCUUUGCUAGGCUUGCGCUUCGAUGUGCUAUCACAUUCAUCAAACGCUUUCCUACCGUCGCACUAUGUGAUCUUACGAAGAAUAUUGCUCAAGGAUCAGCGCACCCAUUGGCAAGUCUUUCGUUACACAACUCCCGCUUACAUCUCCUUGGAUGCUUGUAAGCAUCAUUUGCAAGACCCUGAUGAAUCUAGGGGGCUACGUAAGUUUUGCGAGCACAUCAGAGACGCUUUGGUUGCAACUCAGUUUAAGCACGAUACGAUAAAGCACAUUUGCCUGCUCAGUUACACUGACUUUGGCCUGGAUACCUCUGAUGCCAUUCCACUCGCAUUGAAGGAGAUUGAUCUCCAAUGCCGUCGUAUCGUCUUAUCUUUGGCGAAAUACUCCAUAGAGCUACAUCUCACGAGCACAGCCAUCGAGUCAGUGAGUUCAACACUUCCAGAAGCGGCUGCAUUUCACUUGACUGCCUUACUUACAAACGCUACGAUUGACACUCUCAAAACUGCAUUCUCCUCAGCAUUGAUAUAUCUUCGUGAGGAAAACAUCAUAUAG